AUGAAGUUGUCCUAUGAGAAAGAUGAUGAGGAAAAGGAUGAAAGUUCACUCUAGCUUAGUAAUAAUGCAAUGCUUUCUCUAAUAAGAAGUAGUGAGAGCAUGUCCAUUCCUAUGAAUAUAUUCACUAAUUAGUCAUCUGAGAUUUUCAAAUUUAUGGAUAGCAGAGAGAGUAGUAAAUUAACUGAGAAUCAUUUUGCAUACACCCAGCCUGAAUAAUUAAAAGAAUUAAUUCCAUUUGAAGAAGAUUCCUUAGAAACGAUUAAAAUAUUGAGGAUAAAUUAGAAUUAAGAAGUCAAGAUUCAUCUAAUGACGAGAUAGAAAGCAAAGCCAUUGAAUAAAACAAAGAUUAAUCAAAUGAUCUCAACAUCAGCUGACCUAAAAGUGAAAUCUAAAGAGAUAAUUAAUGAACAGUACUCCUUCUAAACAAAUGGAAUAGAUAUAAUAUUCCCUUUUAAACCAUAUGAAAGUCAAGUAGAUUUUAUGACUCGCUUAAUAAAUGCUCUAAAUAAUGGUGAAAAUGCACUUCUUGAAAGUCCUACUGGAACUGGCAAAACUCUUUCUUUGCUUUGUGCUUCAUUAGCCUGGCUAAAGUAUGAGAGGAAAAGAUAAUAUACUACAAGCUUGAAAACAAAUGGUAAAGGAUAUGUUGAGCCAAUUCAAAUAAUAUAUACUUCAAGAACUCACUCAUAAUUGGCAUAAGUGCAAAAGGAACUAAAAAGUACUGCAUAUAAUCCCAGAAGUUUAUUGCUAGCAUCAAGAGAUCAUCUUUGUGUUCAUGAAGAUAAAGAUAGAGCUUCUGGAGCAGAUCUAUUAUUUAUGCCUUACAAUUUCAUGAUUGAUCCAAAGAUUAGGGAAAUUUUCGAGUUUAAGUUUAAAAACUCGAUUAUCAUAUUUGAUGAAGCUCAUAAUGUACCUCAACAAGCUGAAGAUGCAUCAAGUUUUGAAUUAGAGACAAAAUAACUUGAAUUUUUGAUCCAAAACCUUCAAAAUUAUUUAGAUGAUUACGAUCUUGAUUAAAGAAAAGUUAAGGACUUCUAUAUUGACAAAUAGAAUAUGAGUGGAAGUCCAUCUGUUGUUAUGCCAGGUAGAUAUAUCUUUGAAAUUAUUUUUGAAGGAUCUAAGUUUAUCUUACAUCUAGUUUAGUAUGUUGAAACUCGAACAACAUUAGAAAAUCUUUAUGAGAUUCUUAAGAAAAUUAUGAAUCUUCAUAGCUAAGGUCCUCUAAGUCAGAAGAAUUUAGAGGCAAUUGAUAGAGAGGAUAAUGCUUAGGGAGAUGACAAAUAAAAUGAUGCAGACGACUAUUAUGUCUACAUUUAUGAAGAGGAGGAAGAAAAUUAGCAAAUGCAUUUCAAUAAGAAUAAAAGAAGCGGGAAGUCUUAUUUUCUUCAGAAAACAUGCAAAAGGAUAUUGGCAUUUUGGUGCUUUAACGCUGGUAUAUGUUUUAGAGAGUUACAAACACUCUAGCCAAACACAGAUUAGGUUUAAAUUAGCAUCCUUACAAAAGGCGUCAAAUAGAAUUCUUUUAACUUUUCUUACCAGAACAGAGAAAAUGAAAAAGCUUUGAUAGAUUUGGGAGUAAGUAUUCAAUAAAUAAGUAAGGUUACUCCUGGAGGAAUACUUGUAUUCUUUCCAUCUUAUAGAUAUUUAAGAAAAUGUGAUGAGCUAUGGGAGAAUAGCAAUAUCAAAUAAUAAAUUGAGAAAUUUAAGCGUAUUUUCUUGGAACCAAAGGAACUUAUCAACUAUAAGCAGACAAUGGAUUCAUACUAUAAAACCAUAUUUAAUGAAGACUAAAAUGAGUCUAACAAUGGAGCAAUAUUGAUGGGAGUAUGCAGAGGAAGAAUUAGUGAAGGUCUUGAUUUCUCUGAUAAUGCUGCAAGAUGCGUGAUUGUUGUUGGAAUACCAUAUCCACUCUAUACAGAUCCUAAGGUGAUUCUCAAGAGAAAUUAUCUUGAUAAGAAAUUGGAAGAAAAGAGAUCUGAGUACAUGAGAUUAAGCGGAAAAGAUUGGUAUUCACAAUGUGGAAUAAGAGCAGUAAAUUAAGCUAUUGGAAGAGUUAUAAGGCAUGUUUAAGAUUACGGAUCAAUUAUUUUAGUAGACUAAAGAUUCGGUUGGGGAGGAAUUAAGAAUCAAAUAUCUAAAUGGCUUAGAGAUAGAAUUUUGCAUCAUGAUGAUUGUCAUCAGCUAAUAGAUAAUUUGUCAAAGUUCUAUCUUAUAAUGUCCAAAAGAGGUUUCAAGGCAAAAGUAUAAUAACUAGCUUAACUUAAACUUGAACUGCUGGAUGAAAAUACUCGAGAAUUAAAGAGAAGAAUGUAUUUGAAAUAGAUCGAAUAUAAGAAGAAAUUUAAAGAAGAAUAAGAGUUGUGA